UGUGCGUUGGACCAACCAAGAUGGCGGAGCAGCUGGACCGAGUGAGAAUCUCCGCCGCCGAACUUCGAGUCCAAAGCGCCGCGGCGUCCAAUUCGACACUUGACAAAGAGGACUGCCACGGGCCCAAGAAGCACUGGCGCCGUCCCGACUUGCAGCGCUACCGGCGAGGGCCCGGACAGGGACGACAGCGCCGCGACAGCGAGGAGGCCGAAAGCGGUCCCAAACCGAAGAACGGCAAAAAGAACCUCCUCGUCCGCGCCGACGACGAGGCGGGAGGCGGCGACUAUAAUGUUCACGACGUCAACAGCGAGGCCGCUCGGGAAAAAGACGUGCCCCAAAACCACCAAGAAAGUCAGGAUCCCGCCGGAGCCGUCAAGCCAAAGAAAACCCGCAAGCCCGACCGGGAAUUUUACCAGCCCGGAAUCCGCCGGAAUGCACAGGGAAAAGACUGCGGUGGGGCGCGAGAGCAGGAUAAGCCCCCCUCGGGGAAUCGCGACCGUGAAGCCGAGCGGCGCGCCGAAGAAAGAGAGGCAAAGGAGAACGCAGAAGACGGGAAACGCACUCAAGAUAAUACGAAUUUCAAGGAGACACACAGGAAAAAAGGACGGCAGGCUGCGGAAGAAGUCACGGUGGAGAAACUUGCGGGCAAAGUGGAAAAACUCAGCGUCAAGGCGGAAGCGUCUCGCGAAGGCGCCGAGGACGCAGCCGGCCGGAGAGGCAAAACGACAGAUCAGGAAAGACGGGAGGAAAAGAAGCCAGAAAAGGGAAACCGCCGAAGAAGAGGCGGCGAGAAGGAGAAGAGCCAAGAUGUCGUCGCGGGGCCGAGCGAGCGGGAAAAAGAGAGACGGGACGCCGGCGAGGCCAACAACUCAGGAGAGACUCAUCCAAACGAGGGAAGGGGGGGCCGGAGGAGAAGCGUCGAUAUCAACUACAAAAAGCGCGGCGGGGAAGACGCUCCCACGCGGAGGAACGCGCAGCGCGAGGGCCAGCGCAGCGAGCGCCGCAAAUCGGACGGCGCCGCGCCCGCCUCCAAGCGCUAUUCCAAAUCGGACGUCCGACGCCCGCGCCGUCGCACGUACAGCAGCAGCUCGGCCGGCAGCGUCGCCGGCGACGGCCGCCCGCAGAGAGGAGCGCGCAGAACGCACCUCCGCGGCCGCGACGUCGACGGGGAGUCCUCGGCCGACUCCGCCGAAGGAAGCGAGACGAGCGACGCGGCGGACGACGGACGGACGCGCGGGACGGACGGCGCGCGCGAGGAGCGGCAGGCCUGCCGAGGGCGAGGGAUCGGCGGGGUCUCCUCGCAGAAGAAACGAGACGCCUCCGGGGAUCGCCACAAACACGGGCCGGCUCCUCGCGGCCGCGGCGGAGGUAUCCUGGUGCUGCCGUCCCGCAGCGACAUCUCCGACCCGGCCGAAGCGGGCCAGCGGAUGCUUUUCGGCGGGCUUCGAGGAGGAGCCGCCUCGCGGGUCCGAGGAGGCCGCGGCGGAGGCGCCAGGCGCCUGUGGGACCCCAACAAUCCCGAGCAGAAACCGGCGCCGUCCCCCGGCGGCCGGCGCUCCCUCCCGCGCGCCGUCUACCCGCCGACGGGAUACGGUCAGCUGCACUUCCUGGACACGGACGACGAAGCGGCGGGGAGUCCUCCGGUGUCGCAGCGGCGGGCGGCCGCCUCGGCCCGCUACAAGUUCCAGAAGUCGGACGACCCCUACUGCUGCGCCGCGCCCGCCGGCCAGCGCCACCCCUUCCCCUUCGCGCCGCCCAACCAGGCGGCCGACGGCGCGUACCCGACGGCUCAGGUGUACAGAGGUCACCCCCGGGCGGGCGGCGCGCCGACGGCGGAGGAGGCGGAGCAGCAGGCCAGAGGCGAGCUGGGCCGCGUGCUCAGGGCGGCGGACUCCCAGGAAGUUCAGCUCAGCAACCUGCUGUCCCGAGACGGACUCAGCGCCGACGGGCUGGAGCGCAUGGCCCGGCUCAGGUCACAAGGAAGCUCCAAAUCACACGCGCACAUUGGCUUCAAAAUCAUCGACAUCGCCACCUCUCAACCUUUUUACACUCAGUUGCGCCGAAAAAAGUACUUGGCUCUCCAAGAUUCAACAUUCGAAUACAGUAGCGUACGAAGCCCGAGUGUUCAUCAAAAACGAGGCUUACGUCGUAAUGCUAAAAGGGUGGAGCUGCUGGGCGUGUACGAGCGCGUGGUUCUGAGCGACAUCGAGCUGGCCGACUCCCACGCCGUGGACCAGGCGCUGUGGAAGAACGUCUUCUACCAGGUCAUCGAGCGCUUCCGCCAGCUGCUCAAGGACCCCGCCGACGGCGACGACACGCCGCACAUCCGCAACGUGCUGCUCACGCUGCUCGACGAGGGAGCGCAGUUCUUUGACACGCUGCUCCACAAGAUGCAGACGGUCUACCAGUUCAAACUGGACGACUACAUGGACGGCAUGGCCAUCAGGGCGCGGCCGCUGCGCAAAACGGUGAAGUACGCUCUGAUCAGCGCUCAGCGCUGUAUGAUCUGUCAAGGAGACAUCGCUCGCUACCGCCAACAAGCUAGCGACUCGGCCAACUAUGGAAAAGCUCGCAGCUGGUACCUGAAAGCCCAGCAGAUCGCCCCCAAAAAUGGCCGCCCGUACAACCAGCUGGCCUUGCUGGCGGUCUACACCAAGCGCAAGCUGGACGCCGUGUAUUACUACAUGCGCAGCCUGGCGGCGUCCAACCCCAUCCUGACGGCCAAGGAGAGCCUCACCAGCCUGUUCGAGGAGGCCAAGUGCAAAACGGAGCAGUUGGAGCAACGCAGGAGGCAGGACGAGCGGGACGGCGGCUCGGGGGGGCCCGCCGUCAGGGGGCGCGCCGCGCCCGAGGACGGGGCGCGCUCCGAAGUCUGGCUGCGCCCCGGCGGACGCGUGGGCGCCAAGGCCGCGUCCGCGCGAGGGGCCGCCGGCGAGCCCGCCGGGGACUGUGAACUGGACGCAGAGCUCGGCGGUCUCAGCGCUAGUGACCUCAACAAGAGAUUCAUCCUGAGCUUUCUGCACGCGCACGGGAAGCUCUUCACCAAAGUGGGGAUGGAGUCGUUCCCCAGGGUGGCCCGGCGGGUUCUCCAGGAGUUCGGCGCGCUGCUCCGGCACGGCCCGUCGCUCCUGGGCGGCACGCACCUGCUGCAGAUCGUCACCAUCAACAUGUUCGCCGUACACAACGCCCUCACUCGAGGCGGAGGUGAAGAAGAAGGAGGAGGAGGAGAGUCUCGCUCGAUGCUGCAGGAGCAGAGCACGGCGCUGGGCCUCGCCGUGUUUGCGCUGAUGGUGCAACGCUGCACGCAGAUCCUCACCGACACCCCCGCAGCCUCUGCGUCCGCGUCGGCCGCAGAGCAGGAGGACAAAGACGGCGAGCCGGAGGCUCUGCUGAGGGUCUCCGAUUUCCCGGCGGACCUGCGGGAACUCCUUCCCGCCGUCAAGGUUUGGUCCGACUGGAUGCUGGGCCACCCGGACCGGUGGAACCCGCCGCCCUGCCGCAUCGACGUCGGCCCGGACGCGUGGCGGUGCCUGGCCCGCCUCUGCAACGUGCUGGCGCGCGUGGACCACGGCGAGGCGCCGCUCUACAAGGUGGACACGGACGAGGCGGAGGGCGACGAGGAGCUGACCGUGCUGCAGCUGAAGGAGGACAGGCUGCUCGCCGGCUUCGUUCCCCUGCUGGCCGCGCCGCAGGAGCCCUGCUACGUCGACCGCCGCACCGACACGGCCAUAGCCGCCGAUUGCAAACGGGUGACGGUGCUCAAGUACUUCCUGGAGGCGCUGUGCGGGCAGGAAGAACCUCUGCUGGCCUUCAAGGGCGGCAAAUACGUCUCCGUGGCCCCGCCGCCUCCUUCCGCCGCCUCCACGGACGGCAAGACCGGACAGGACUCGCUGUCCGACAAAGAGGCCGACGACGUCAUCGUGGAGUCCUCGAUGUCCGCGUCGGAAGGCGAGGAAGACGACGACGAAGAGGAGGCGGCGGAGGGAGACGGCGAGAGCGACAUCCGACAGCUGAAGGCGCGGCGCCACGCCCUCGCCAACAAGCUGGCGCAGCAGCAGAAGCGCCGCGACAAAAUACAAGCGGUGCUGCAGACGAGCGGGCGGCUGCAGCUGGAGGUCCGGCCUCUCUUCCUGGUGCCCGACACCAACGGCUUCAUCGACCAUCUGGUGGCGCUCAAGAAGCUCCUCCAUUGUGGCAGCUACAUCGUGGUGGUGCCCCUCAUCGUGAUUACGGAGCUGGACGGCCUGGCGAAGGGCCAGGACGCUUCGGGGGGAGGAGGAGGAGGAGGAGCAAGAGGAGGAGGACACGUCGCGGCGGCGGCGGCGCACGCCCGGGGCGUGCAGGAGAAGGCCCGCCAGGCCGUGCUGUUCCUGGAGCAGGCCUUCGAGGCGCGGGAGCCGCGACUGCGGGCGCUCACCAGCAGGGGGAGCCAGCUGGAGUCCAUCGCCUUCCGUAGCGAAGACACCUCGGGACAGCAGGGCAACAACGAUGACGUCAUCCUGUCCUGCUGCCUCCACUACUGCCAGGACAAGGCCAAGGACUUCAUGCCCCAUCAGAGAAACGGGACGGUGCGCCUUCACCGCGAGGUGGUCCUUCUCACGGACGACCGCAACCUGCGCGUCAAAGCGUUGACACGCAACGUCCCCGUCCGGGACAUCCCCGCCUUCCUCGGCUGGGCCAAAGUGGGCUGAACGCGCUACGGGACCGCCGACGCCUCCAGCUGCCCGAGGCCCGCUUGACACGGGAUUGUCCCCCGCCCCUCCUCAUCCUCCUCUUCCUCGGGAUGACGCGUGCGUGCGAGCGAGGCGGUAAGUGCGCCCAUUUGACGCGGAACGGCGCGCUCCCUGUCGCCACAGCGGAGAAACUCUGGCGCGCGGCCUCGAGGCGGCGCUGCGCUCCGUUCCGGCGGGCCAGCUUGCUAAGCGCGCGUGCAGGCGUUUCCUGCCCCGAUGGAAGUUCUCACUUGACUUUGAAGCGCUUGAAAGAGAAAGUUGGUUUCUUCGUGAGAAAUCAAAUCAGCAGCAGUUUGGCAAAUGUUGUGCUUUGCGUGCGUUUCUGUUGGAUUGAAGCUCCGUUCCGCUGCUAGUUAGUUCAAAGUGAAAAUUUCAAAGAAUAUCCUCGCAUCUUUUGAAAAGACUUUUUUCCUUCAUCGUGACUUUGCAUUUUCAUGUGUGACGCUUUUUUAUGGCAAAAAUGUUGGCAUUUGUUGCCAGAGAUUUCCAAGGACAAAGUGCAUGUUUGUGUUUGUAAUUUGCGUCUUCAUCUUGUGUUCCGGCCGGAGUGUGUCUUUUCUUUGUUUGACUCCAGUUUUUUUUUUUCCACUGGUGUUGCGGCGCGGCUUUUUUGUAUUUUAGCGGCCGGGCAACCUGAUGAAACA